AUGGAGCAGAUAUACGCUUUAGGUGUGUCAUGCAUCGAGCUCGUGCAGUACUGGUUUGAGGAUUAUGCAGAAUAUUUUGAAACAGUCAACCAAUUUUCUGACCCUCACAAUAUAUUUGAAGUCCUAUUUCCCCUUAUAUCCAUUGUGGAUUCAGUAUUUGCAUCUCAAUUACUCCUUGUUUUGGCUUUUGGAAGUUGGAUGAAUUCUGUUAUGAAAUGGUGGCUCUUAGAAGACCGUCCAUAUUGGUGGGUGCAAGAAACAUCAUACUACAACACAGAUAAGCCGCAACUUUUACAAACAACUCAAACCUGCAUGACAGGCCCUGGCAACCCUUCUGGACAUUCAUCAACAGCGGCAUCAGUUCUUAUACUUGCUGUUAUGUGGAUAUCUCAUGUCUUUAAUGACAGAAAGUGGGAUGUCUGGUGGUGGAAAUAUAUAACAUACCCAAUGUUUGCUAUUGCCCUCGGUUCAGUGAUACUAGCAAGAAUGUUUGUUGCAACACACUUUCCUCAUCAGUGCUUUUUGGGUGUUUUAUUGGGUCUAUUUCUGUCACCGGCCCUCUGUAUAUAUGUGACGGACCCAUUCAUAUGGCAGUACGGCCCCCAUGCAUCAAUGCCGCAGAAGACGGUUGUGGUCUGGCACACCAUAAGUGCUCUAGCGGCCAUAUUGAUUGGUGUUGUCACUUACUAUAGCCUAAUAUUGUGUGGUGUUGACCCACAUUAUACCGUGAAAUUGGCAUUCCGAUGGUGUCGCCACCCAGACAGUAUCCAUGUGUCAACGACCCCCAUGUUCGGUAUGGUGCGGUGGACUGCCAAUCUGUUAGGUUGGGCUGUAUGCGUGUCCCCGGAAAUAGCUAAAUAUCGCCAUUACACAAAAAAUCGAUCAUUAAUAAUAUCGAUAUUUGCGACGGCCGCAUCGGUGUACGGGCUCAAACAAUUCGAGUUGAACAUCACUAAAGCUAGCGCGUUUCGAUUUUAUUCCCUACAUUUUAUAUUGAAUGUUAUUAGACCGAGUUUUCUUAUGCGUUUGAUUCCAGCGUUAUCUAUGUGGCCAUAUGGGAAGGAGAAAGUGCAG